ACCGCACUCAAACAAAACACCGACCCUUCUCGUGCUCUGGCACUCCCCCCUUCCCUCCCAGAUCUGCACGACCACCGCUACUCUUCCCCAGCUCCGGCGAUCGCCGGAGCCCAAUUGCGGCAGCGGCGCGAUGGACCUCCUCAUCGCGCAGAUCACCACCGAUCUCCGCUCCUCGGACGCUCUCCGGCAGUCGUCAGCGCUCCUGCAGGCCCUGCAGCAGUGCGCCGCCGGCCGCGACGUCUCCGCGCUAGCCCGCACCGCCGCCACCGAGAUCCUAGCGGCGCCCUCCUCGGCCGUCUGCAAGCGCCUUGCGCUCGACCUUCUCCGUGCGCUGCCCCUGCCCCCCGAUCUCCUCGACCCGCUCCUGCUCUCCUCCCUACGCUCCGACCUCUCCUUCCCGGAUCCCGACGUCGCCGCCUCCUCCAUCGCCUCAUUCCCGUCGCUCCCCUCGCACCUACUCCCAACCCUCCUCUCCUCCGCGCACGCCGACAUCGCUGCCGCUCUCUCCUCGCCCGCCGAGUCACUCCGCCUUGCCGCCGUUACCUCCCUCUCCUCCCUCCUCCCGCGCGAUGACCUCGCGCUCAUGUGCUCCACCAACCCCUCGCUCAUGGGGCACGCCACCACCUGGUGGGGCCGUCUGACCGAGCUGGCCUUAGACUCCGCAGACGCAGUGGCAGCCGCAGCGUUCGAGGCACUUGCUCGGUUGUUCCAGGAGCUGGACGCGCGGCGUAUGAGCCGGCUUGCUGGGGACAAGCUCGUUGAUGGAGAGGGCGCGCUCGCUGUGCGUGCCCAGUGGGCAGCUGACGCCAUCGACUUCAUCUGGUCCCGGCGAAAUAUGCUCAUUGCUCGAUCCAUGGUUAUGCCCGUUGAGAGCUUCCGGGUCACUGUGUACCCUCUUGUGCAUGCAGCAAAAAUGGUUGCAUCUGGCGCGGUGAACACGCUGCGGCAGAUUGCCAAACCGGGAGACACUACAAUAGCCGAUACCGUGGAGGCGAGUGCGGAGAAGUUGGUGGGGGUGUCUGACAUUGUCUCGCACUUGCUUCCUUUCCUUAGCUCGCUGGAACCGCCACUGGUGUUUGAGGUGGGGAUCAAUAUGCUCUCGCUCGCAGAUGCGCCCGGAGGCAAGCCGGAGUGGGCUUCAGCUGCCAUUAUUGCAAUCCUAACACUAUGGGACCGACAAGAGUUCUCAUCGAUGAGGGAGACGAUCGUCAGGGCUGUUGUGGCGAAUCUCCAUUUGCUGGAUCUUGGAAUGCAGGUGUCUCUGUUCAAAAGGCUGCUUCAGAUGCUGAAAAAUUUGAGAGCCGAAUCAGAUAGAAUGCAUGCAUUGGCAUGCAUUUGCCGAACUGCCCUUUGUGUUGAUCUUUUUGCAAAGGAGAGCGUUCGAAGAGGUCAGAAGCCCGUUCCAGGAACAGAUGUGAUAUCUCUUUUUGAGGAUGCAAGGGUGAAGGAUGAUCUAAACAGCAUAACAAGCAAAAGCUUGUUCAGAGAAGAGCUAGUUGCCUCACUGGUUGAAAGUUGUUUCCAGCUAUCUCUUCCACUACCUGAGCAGAAGAAUUCUGGGACAGAGAGUAGAGUUAUAGGGGCAUUAGCCUAUGGAACUGGUUACGGUGCGUUGAAUUGGACAGAACCUGCUUUGGAUGUGGUGGAAGUUUGCAGGCCUUGUGUUCUCUGGGACUGUGACGGGCGCACCUAUGCAAUCGAUUGCUACCUGAAGUUGCUUGUACGGCUUUGUCAUAUAUAUGAUACCAGAGGCGGCGUAAAGACAAUUAAGACUGGUGCAUCUCAAGAUCAGAUUUUAAAUGAGACUAGACUUCGAAAUUUGCAGCUACAGCUUAUUAGGGAUCUUCGCGAGGUUCAUACCUCAAGAAUAUCAUCACGGCUGAUAUGGGCAAUUUCUGAACACUUUGAUCUUGAAGGUCUUGAUCCUCUUUUAGCUGAUGACCCAGAGGAUCCUCUGAAUAUCAUCAUAUCUAACAUGCAUAAGACUUUAUUCAACACCGAUUCCUCUGCCACUACAUCAAAUAGGAUACAAGAUGUGCAGGCUGUCCUCAUAUGCGCUCAGCGUUUGGGAACCAGAAAUGCAAGAGCCGGCCAGCUCCUCAGUAAAGAAUUGGAGGAGUUCAGGUCAAGUACUUCAGCUGAUUCUGUCACCAAGCAUCAGUCACGUUAUGUCUUGCAGAUAAUAAAGUAUGUGACGAAUCAUCCAGAUAACAGGUGGGUUGGUGUAGGUGAUGCUACAGGAGAUUACCCUUUUAGCCACCACAAGCUUACAGUUCAGUUUUCAGAGGCUGCUGCUGCACAAGAUAGGAAAUUGGAGGGAUUAGUUCACAAGGCCAUCCAGGAGCUUUGGAGGCCCAAUCCCAGCCAGUUAACGCUCCUACAGACGAAGGGUAUCGGUGCUUUGCACAAAGAUCUUCCAAAAGCACGCACUCUGACUGGCAGCAGUGAUCCAUGUUACAUCGAAGCAUAUCAUUUGGCGGAUCCAACUGAUGGCAGAAUCACCCUACAUUUAAAGAUUUUGAAUUUGACUGAGCUGGAACUCAACAGGGUGGAUAUCCGAGUUGGGCUCUCUGGAGCACUGUAUUAUAUGGAUGGAUUUUCCCGCACUGUUCGCCACCUGCGUAAUCUUGUUUCCCAGGAUCCAGUCCAAAGUAGUGUCACUGUGGGAGUUUCACAUUUUGAGAGAUGCUCUCUCUGGGUUCAAGUCCUGUAUUACCCAUUCUACGGAAGUGGAGGAUCGGCAGACUAUGAAGGAGAUUAUGCAGAAGAGGACUCACAAAUGACGAGGCAGAAGCGCGCGCUCCGGCCAGAGCUUGGGGAGCCGGUUGUUUUACGGUGUCAGCCCUACAAGAUCCCUCUCGCCGAACUUCUCUUGCCAUAUGAAUGCUCUCCAGUUGAGUAUUUCCGUCUAUGGCCAGGCUUGCCAGCCAUGGUUGAGUGCACUGGCACAUACACAUAUGAAGGUAGCGGUUUCAAGGCCACUGCUGCUCAGCAGUAUGAUAGCUCUCCUUUCCUCAGUGGGUUGAAGUCAAUUUAUUCCAAGCCCUUCCAUCAAGUCUGCUCUCAUUUCAUCCGAACAGUUGCUGGGUUCCAGUUGUGUUACGCCGCAAAGACAUGGUUUGGUGGGUUUGUGGGCAUGAUGAUCUUCGGUGCAAGUGAGGUGAGCCGAAAUGUAGAUCUGGGUGACGAGACAACCACGAUGAUAUGCAAGUUUGUCGUGCGUGCAUCUGAUGAAUCGAUCACAAGAGAGAUCGAGUCGGACCUCCAGGGCUGGCUGGACGACAUCACGGACGGCGCUGUUGAAUACAUGCCCGAAGAGGAGGUGAAGAGCACAGCUGCGGAGCGACUGAAGAUAUCCAUGGAGAGGAUAGCGCUACUCAAGGCAGCCAAACCUAAGAUGCCGCCCGCGAAAACCGAGCAAGAGGAAGAGGAGAGGAAGCAGAGCGAGGAGUUGGACGGAUUUGGGAACCCCAAGGGCCCCUCCACGCUCUCCAAGCUCACAGCGGAGGAAGCCGAGCACCGUGCCCUCCAAGCAGCCGUGCUCCAGGAGUGGCACCAGCUGUGCAAGGAGAAAGCCAUGAAGGCACAGUGAGGCCUGGUCUGCGCUCCGCCUGUAUAAUUUUGUACCUGCCUUUUCCUCGAGCCACAUUUUGAUUUAUUUUUUUCAGCCGUCCGACAUUUUGAUUUUUGAGUAUGUAUGAUCCUGCCGAUUUCCUGAUUUUUUCAUUGUAUUCACAGGUAUUGUUGUACCACAAACGAUGUUUCGUUCUUUUUGUAACAUAGCUCAAAGCAUUAGUGUGAAUGAGAAUGAUUUUUUCCUCUCCAA